AGAAAAAAAAAAGGGUGAUCGUUUGGGCGCCGCCUUGGCACGUCAGCUUCCUUCGCCCGUCUCAUUUCCGCUAUAGAGGUAUAUAGUAGUGCGGGAUUGGCAAACCCGUCGCGCCGAUGACGAACAAACGGGAAAAUCGCCAAUAUAUUAUAACAGAGAUACCACAAACGGCAACUCGAAAAGGAACAAGGACGCGGGGCUGGAUCUGCGGCAUCCGGCGAACGAAGCCACAUCUGCAACGAUGCAAGACGCUGGCAAGGAGAGGAUACUGACAGUCCUGCUGUUCCUCGCCCUCUCGGCCGUCGACGUCGCCCUCAACGCGGCCGCGGGGCCGGCGGCGGUCGCGACGGGGGCGCACGUCAACGACAGCAGCAGCGGCGGCGACGGGGCGUCGGGCCGGGCGCUCGGGAUCGGGGCCGUGUCGGGCGCGACCAAGGCCGGGAUCCUGGCGUUUGUCGGGUUCCUCGAGUUCGCCGACAUUGGCGUCGCGUCGCGCAUGCUGCUCAUCAUCGUCGCCACCGUCUUUGGCCUGUCUGUUCUGAUCACGGCGCAGGUGUGCAGCGUCGUGCUGGGCGAGACUCCAUCCGAACUACUCAAGGCCGCUCUUGUUGCCGCCCUGCCGCUCCAAUUCGAGAGCGUUGGCAUGUACAUCUCAAGCAGCCAUCACAGAGAAGAAAACAAGUCGGGCAGCCUCCGCACCCUCUCCGGCACGUACAUCCAAAUCAUCGGGUGGGACGCCCUCGGCGGCUAUACCUUUGCGCGCAUGGCCGAAAACCUGGGGCGCCCCGUGUGCUCGCCCGCCGCCGCAGCCGCAGCCGGGGGCGUGUACGGUGUCCUGUCGGGAAUCCCGAAGGUGGUGGCGUACAUUGCAUGGAGCCUGUUUCACGGUAGAGACCACUGAGGUGAAGGGGAAUACAACGUCGAAAUAACAAUUUUUUUCAAAGUAGUUAUUUGCUUGGUAAACCGGUUAUGGGAACAAUCGCUAUGAUGAGCUCCGAAAGCAAAAGCGAGUGUAUGUUGUAUGUAUGUACAAUUAUAACGACCGUAUGUGUAUUAUGGUAUUGUCCAGCAACUCCCGAGAAGAAACGGCCAACCCCC